UCAUUAAAUUAAAUUGGUCCCUGGAAGUGUUAGCUGUGCUAACAAGUUCAUCGUUAGAAAAAGAAAUUACUUCCGCGGUAUCUAAUUCACUUGACCGACAUUUUAUACAAUCAUUGACCGCAGAGGUAUUUUCUAAGCCUCAGAGCGAACUUAUCAGUGCCCAACACUUUCGAGAACCAAUUUUUUUAACAUUUAGUCUUUAUUUUGUCAUUAGCAACUCAAAGGUACAGCAACCCCCAUCAGGUAUUAUCAGUGACUCCAACAAAGUCCUAAGGAAUUUGCAGACCCCUCCACUCAUUUCAUCUUCGUCUUUUCAUUUUCUCUUCUGAUUCAUAUUCCUUUUUCUCUUUCUCUCUCUCCCUUUUGCCCCAGCUGGUUUUUUCUGUUUGAGUAGGGAGCAAAAAGGUUCUGCUUUUUCUCUAUACUACAUAUAUAGUUCUUAAGGGGCACCACCUAGCUACUUGGUUUUGCACUCUGGAGCAAGAUAAAAUAGAAAAGUGAACAUUUUUUUGACACUACCAAGUGUUUGUGUAUUUGUCAAACAGAAGAAGAUUCAUAACAAGAGAGAAUGAGUAGUUGUGGAAGAGAAGGUGCUGUGAGGCAGUAUAUAAGGUCAAAGGUUCCUCGUCUAAGAUGGACUCCUGAACUUCACCGUUGCUUUGUUCAUGCCAUUGAAAGCCUUGGUGGUCAUCACAAGGCUACUCCUAAGCUUGUUCUUCAGAUGAUGGAUGUUAAAGGGCUAACAAUUUCACAUGUCAAGAGUCAUCUUCAGAUGUACAGGAGCAUGAGAGGUGAAUUGGGCAGACAAGGUAGGACAAUAUCCUCCCAACAGCAUGGAAACCAAUCUUUUGAAGAACAUGAUGAUGGGUGUGUUGAUCAAGCAAACAAUGAUGUUGGUGUUCAGCUUCAGCACUCUUGUUCAAACCCCAAUAUCAGGAGAGAAUCUGAUUCCUCAUUUGGCUACAGUAAUCUCACAUCUAAAAGAGCUAGAACCAGUUCCAUCUCAGAGAGCCAAAGAAUAUGUGAUGCAGUUCCUAAUCCGUACUGCUUUUAUGACUAUCUGGGUGAACAGAAGAAUGGAAUAAAGGAAUUUUGUGGUGGUUCAAGAUGGCAGCAGAUUAAGACACAACAACCUCAUUCCACACCAUUCCCUCUGCUACCAGAUUUUCCUAAUCUCACUUCAUUCAAAUGUCCAAACCAAGAAUCUGAUUUUCUUCAGGUUACUAAAUUAAAUGAUAGAAAGAUCACUUCGCAGCCAAUUAAUGUACUUGAGAACAGGGAGAAGGCACAUGCAGAAGUUGAAGGUGUAGGAGGAGGAGGAUAUAAUGAGUUGUCAUUAUCACUUACAUUACCAAAUCCUUCACCUCAGAGAAGUAAUGGUUCUUGGGGCAGUGAGAUCAGUGAGGCAAUCUCAUCAUACCCUGGGUUUAGCAACUACAAGGACUGCUCUAGUUCAUCCACUGUCAAAGAAAGAGUCAAUUUGGACCUGUCUUUGGCCAUAUGUGGCAAUUGAUUUGAUGCUCUCAAUUGUGACAUGAUAUAUUUUAGGCAUAAUCCACUCUAGGACUUUCUUCACUCCCUUAGUUUACAAUUUUGGUAAUUUUUCUUUGUUUGAACCGGGUACCUUUUCUGUCAGCAUUUUAAUUAAUUACUUUAUUAGUCUAUAUAUAUAUAUUUG